AUGGCCUCUUCCAACACAGGCAAUGCGACGUUCAGACAGUACAUCGAUCACGACAACAAAGAUCUCGGUACCUUUGAACAAUUCUACUUCUACUCGACUGAGUUUUAUGGCGGUCCUGGUUCGCCUAUCAUCUUGUUCACCCCCGGAGAGGUCAACGCUAGCGCUUAUACGAGUUACCUCACUACCAACAGAACUACUGGUGUGUUGGCAAAGGAGAUCGGGGCUGCAAUAGUUUGCAUUGAACACAGAUACUGGGGCUACAGUUCGCCCUACGCUGACCUCACGACCGACAACCUCAAGUACUUGACACUUGACAACUCCAUCAGCGAUCUGACGAACUUCGCAAAGCACGUUCGACUUCCCUUCGACUAUCAUAGAAAAUCGAGCCCUAACCGUGCACCUUGGGUCAUGAUGGGUGGAUCCUACUCUGGAGCUCUGGCAGCUUGGACUGCUUCGACUCAGCCUGGAACGUACUGGGCAUACUGGGCUUCGAGUGCACCUGUUCAAUCAAUUCUGGAUUACUGGCAGUACUUUGUCCCAAUCCAGCAAGGAAUGGCAAAGAACUGCUCUACCGAUAUCUCUCUUGUCAUCGAUCACAUCGACUCAGUUUUGUUGAAUGGUACGGACUCGGAGAUCUUCUCACUAAAGCAGUCUUUCGGUCUUGAAGAUUUGGAACACAACGACGAUUUCGCCGCCGCACUACAGAAUGGUCCUUGGUUAUGGCAGUCCAACCAGCUGUACAGGGAAGGUGGAUUCUUUGAAUUCUGCGACGCCGUCGAGAAUGUCAAACCCAACAGUACCAAUGCCACCGCUCUUCCUGGCGCUGAGGGUGUCGGUCUCGAGAAAGCUUUGGCCGGUUAUGCGACUUGGUUCAACUCUACCUAUCUGCCAGGCACUUGUGAAGGCUAUAGCUCCGCCUACGAAGAGUGGCAGGGUGAACGCAACGUCAAAUGCUUCGACACCUAUGACGAAUCAUCUCCGAUGUACACAGACAUCUCCCUUAGCAACGCUUUCGAUCGCCAGUGGGUCUGGAUGACCUGUAAUGAGCCUUUUGGUUACUAUCAGACCGGAGCUCCUAAGGAUCGUCCUUCUAUCGUCUCACGUCUGAGCACCGCUGAAUACUGGGAACGUCAAUGCGCUUUGAUGUUCCCUGCAUCGAACACCACUGUCGUUGGUCUCGAUAGAGGUGCCACAGCAGAAGCGGUCAACGCAAAGAACAAAGGCUGGAACAACUACUCGCCUGGUUUGUUGUAUGUCAACGGUGAUUACGACCCUUGGCGCGAGGCAGGAGUGUCAUCAGACUUCAGACCUGGGGGUAAAUUAGCGAACUCCACACGCAACCCCGUGGUUAUUGUCCCUGGCGGUUUCCAUACUAGUGAUCUGGUCACACAGAAUGCAAAGGUCAAUGCUGGAGCCAAGGCUGCUAUUGACGAAGCUGUUGGUAUCAUGGUUCAAUGGGUUGGCGAGUUCAAGCAUGGAAAGCACUGGAUGUCGGCUUAA